UGAAAAUAUUUGUAUAUUUUAUAUUUAAAGUAUACAUUUGUAAAACAUCUGUAAAAUAUAAUAAUAAUUGCGAUCAGAGUGACUGAAUAAGUGUGAAAUGAUAAACUUUUAAUACUUUUAUAUUUUAUAUUUUAAUAAUAUUAUUUAUUCUCUAAUAAUUGUAUGUAUGUGUAGCAUAUAAGAUUAUUAAAUAAUGAUGACAAGUAAUACAAAAUAACGUCAAUAUUUUUUAAUAAUCUUUUUUUACCAUUAAGAAUAUGUGGAACAUAUGUGUUUUUUUCUCAAUUAUUCUACAUAAAGUUUAAGGUGUCACUUUUUGAAGAUUGUGUCGAAUGUAUUUAAAAUUAGGCUAUAAGUCGAUCAGUCGGUUGAUGUCGCGUAAAGAUGCAAUUUCUACGAUGGCAACAUUUCCGUAGGAAUUCUGUCUUGAAGACGCCAUCUUCUUCCCCUUCUUCCUUCUCUUUCUCUCUCUUUCUCUUUCUCUUUCUCUCUCUCUCUCUCUCUCUCUCUCUCUCUCUCUCUCUCUCUCUUUUCACCACGGCAAAUUAAGCUUCCCAAAACACCGCGAAACUGUUAAUUAAGACUCAUUAUGCGCGCUGCGGGGGAUGGUACCUCGGGAUAGAAGGAAGGUGGCCGUAGCGGAGGAUGAAGACCACGAAGAAACCGGAGAUGGAGGAAGGAGGCGAGAGGGCAGGGAGUAGAGAAGGUUUAAGCGGGGGUGGUUUAACCCGAGUACGAACUUCUUAAUACCACAGCUGCAGUCGGGUUCAUUGUGGGAUCAAUACGGGGAGAGCUCGUGGUAGUGGCAGGCCAAGUGCGAUUGGCCCUGACGAUCGGGCACGGCUAUUGGCCGAUGUCGGCACUGCCAGGAGGCGGAUCCUGCCGCCGUGGUCCCAACGUGUUGGGGUGAUGGUAAAGGGGAAAGAGAAUAUCAGCGUCAGCCGCUCCGCUCGAAAACGACGGCGAUGGGGACGGCUUUAGAAAAAGACAGCGACAGGGUCUAUGGAGAGAGGGUGACACACGGUGUUGCGUACGGGGGGUUUCAGUCUGUGUUCACCCAUGAGAGACACACCACUAUCGGCGACACGCUCCGCUCACGUUGCGAGGGUGAGGGCUCGCUUUUCGUUCGCCAACUCAUCAUUCUCUCGUUCUUCAAGAAGACCGCCCGUCUUUCGCGUUAAAUUCGAACGCGUCGCGACUGGACGCUUGUGUUCUUAUUGGAAAGUACGUCAUCAAGAAUAGAAAAAUCGAAAUUUUCGAAAAAGUAGGUAACAAUCGAGUGAAAUAUACGUGGAGCAAGUAACGCGUGUCGUUUUGAACUGCAAUUGAUUUUAUGACGUAUGACACGUGAGAUGAAAUAAUGAGGACGGUGACAGUUACUAGUUAAGUGAAGUGUCAAUGAAGUGUUAAUAAAAGAGAAAAAUCAAACAGUUUAAUUCAGACGGAAGAUUUUAUCAACGAACUGCGAAUUGUGAACAAUUGGAAUUUGCUAAAAUAGAAAUUAUACAGUCAAAUUGUGUGCGACAUUGCAAGUGCGACAUAAUAACUGAAAUCAAUAACGAUUAAUUUAAAAUAAAAAGUUUAGAAAAAAGAUUUUCUUUGUGGGUAAAAAAGUUUUGGGAAAAAGGAAAUGUUACGAAGGCUAAUUACUAAGAGAAAGACUGAAGAAGAAAACUGUGGAAAAUAAGAUAGAAAGAAAUAGAAGUAAGAGACGGGGAAUACCGUUUAAGGAUCACUAUUAAAUAUCUUAUCUAUUUUCGUGGAAUUGUGUUGAAGAUAUGUCAGAUAAUUUGAUAAAUUCUGCUGACGAUAAUUAUCUGAUUCCUUUUGAAUUUAAUCAAAACGUUCGAGGAAAAAAGAGUAAUCAAUUUGAGCAAUCUCUUUCAUCUCAGUUAUCUCAAAGAAUUAUCAACGUUUAAUUUCGUCGAUUCACUGUGGUUCAGUGAUUUUUGUGAGAAAAAAAACAAAUGGAACUAUUUAAUUUUUAUUAAACUGUUUACUACCUGCUAUGAUACAUUUUAGUGUAUUUCAGUAGAAAUGUUCACUAAUGUAUUUAAAUGAGACUGACAAGAAUAUUUUAUUGUGAUUGAAAAGCAAAUAUCUUUUGUAAUUGUCUCUUUUACUGUCGUCGCAAAACGCGCACGAAGUAUUUACAGUUGUAUAUAUAACACUCUAAGAGAUUAAACAUUUUUUAAUAAUAUACUUAGGCAAUGUAAGUUACACUUGGAUGAACAAGGGAUUUUAAGUGAUCGUAAAUAUAAAAACACGUGUCGUGAUUUUUGUGAAUUAAUAUCGUGUUGUCUAAUGAAUUUUGAAUCUUAAACAAUCGUAAGCACAAAAGAUAAGACUGUUGACAAUAUAAUCCAUCCAAUUUUUUUCAAGAACAGUGUAUUGCUAAUUACACCGCUAAUUUAAUAUAUCUAAAUGAUCUAGAACAUUUAAAUUGAUUAUAUUAAGCUAUCGAAAAACCACAACUAUAGUGAAGAUAUUUAAAGCUGUUUCGACAAUAAUAUAAUAAUACACUAAACUACCUCGCUAUCGCCGUGUACUACAGCAUGGACCGUUAAUUUUGUGAUGAUCUAACGACUUUAGUGACCUUGGAUGAUUUCGAACGUUUGAUUCGACCGCGGCGUGAGCCAUCGACGGAGUUGGAGGACGAGUUCAGGAGUGGUGUCGUUCGAAAGGGUGGUGCGACGUUCGGGUACGCAAGUCUGCAGGCCAGCUCUGGGGUGCCGGGCCCGGGCGGGGUGAUGAGCUGCUCCGAUGUGAUGUAUCAAUAUUAUCCUUACCUCUACCAGACCCAUCGGCCACCGCCGCCGCACCCGACUCAUCCCCAUGCGGCCCCGCAUAGCCACCCCCACGCCAAUCCGCACGCGGCCCACCACAGCCCAGCCAGGCCGGCGCCCUUCCAACCCUUUCCGGCGGCCACGACUACGCACCAGUAUGAUAGGCUGAAUGUUCACCAAAGGUCCCUGGAAGCAGCGGGCAUCGAGCUUUGUGGCGCCGGCGGAAGCGUCCCUCAAGGUCAGCCGAGCAGUGCGGGUUCCGUAGGGUCUGCGCCGAGUCCUGCGUCCCCAAGGCCAACACCGCAACCGCGACCACCCCUCGCAACCACCACCUCGCAACCCUCGCGAACAUUGGACGACGACAGAUCGACAGACGGCGUGGGCGCCGGUACGACUGAGGACUCCGACGACGGCGAGAGCAGGGCGCAGUACGUUAACGCGAAUUGCGUUGUGUUCACGCAUUACCGAGGCGACGCGGCGUCAGAGGUGGAGGAACACUUUCAGAGGGCCCUCGCACACGACAAAUUGAAGGAAAAUAUCUCCCCCAUGUCCAUGAGGAACUUUCCCCCUUCCUUUUGGAAUAGUCAGCAUCCCAGUGAUGUCUACGAGUACCCGACGGAUCCGUGGCAUCCGCAUUACCCGCAGUACCAUCACAGAGCUGUGCACGAGUACCAUCACCACAAUAUGGCAGCGGCGGCGAGUUACAGUGGCCUUCUGCUGGGUGGUGCGCGCGGCCUCGGCCACCACACGUCUCACCACGCGGCGCAUCACGCGCACGCCGCGUCCUACAAGGAGUGGACGACGGCGACGCCGUCGCAAUCUCUCGUCGACGCUUCCUCGGCGCCGCCCUAUCCUCACGGCCACUACGCACCCCUCUCCGGUAAGACUCGAGUCUCAAGUUCAGGAUUCCAAGGACCUGUACUGGUUCUAGGAUCGAGCGUUGGAGAUCGACAGGAGACAUGCGGUGUUUUUAAAUUCAGAAGACGAUUGAAGGACUGUGUUUCGAUUAAUCAGAAAAUUUAAUAAUGCGAUCUAACGAUGUGGAUCGUAGAAACGCGAAUAUAAGAGGACUUUAUUAAGCGAAAAUGACGACUGAGAUAUUUGUCGUUGUCAUGUACAUAAUGUUACCUACAUCUUUUAAGGAUCUACUAUUAGCAUAAAACAGAUAGUAUUAGAAGAAUACUUGCGCGCACUAUUACCUUUAUAGUGACUGCUGUCGAGGAGAGAGAUUGGCCGUGAGAAUGCGACCAAAAAUCAUCUUCAGCUGGUACAAUAGCGUAGUGCGAUCUAGACCGUCAAGGCACACCUAAAUUUCCCAAAUAAUUAAUAUGUAUCUUUUCGUUUUUCUUCUCCAAAAUACUGACUUUGUAAAUUGAAUAUUUUAUAAAAAAUGUAACGGUUAAAUAAUUAUUAUCUAUGCACAAUUCCAAGGUUUACUAAGAACAAGUUUGAAUUUAAAAAACACAAGUUUUUUUAAAUUUACAUUGAGACCGCUAAUUAGAACUAGGAAAUAAUUAUUUGGCAAAUUUAGCUGCCGAUUUAAGUGAAGUAUUUAUUGACCAAUGAUCUUGCCAUAUAUAUAUAAAUAUAUUAUUAUUAAUUAUUAUUAUUAUUAAUGUAUCAUAAAUAAUAGGCGCCGCAAAUAUUCUGAAAUCUCCCCAAGUUAGCGAAUUAAAAUAGUUAUUAUCCGACGA